GAAAAGCCUCUCAAGUCUUAAUAAAUUGCUAAAUUUAAUUACAUGCGGAGGUAAAUUGUUCAUGGUGUGGCAAAUAAUCUUCCCACCCUGUUGCAUGGUAAUGUAUAAAUAUAAAUACGAUAUUCUUCAAAAUACCGGCCUUGCCCCGAAUGCAGUAUGUACGAAGGUUCUACAUCGUGACACGUUUCAUUUUUUUUUGCUGUAGGUACACUGCCAUUUACGGCGAUUUGAGGGUUUUUAGAAUGUUAAGAUCACAGGGACUCAAUUUUGCCUCUAUCUUAAACCUUCUUUAUUUUAUUAAAUAAUAAAUUUCAAUAAAUAGUUAUGUUAUGGUCGGAAUUCAGGAACUCAAAUUAAAUGCCUUUCAAAUAUAACAAUAACUUUUGCAAUAACAAUGGAGUCAUUGAUUAUUUAAUUAAAUGUCAAUUAUACAGGUGGGUAAGUGAAAAUGAAUUCCUGCCAAAGGUCCCCAAGCAAAAGUGUCAUACAUAAACUCAACCGAGAUGGGAAUGGAAUAGGAGGCACCUAAAAAUAAUGCUUAGAGAAAGGACAACGUAUUAGGUAAUCUAUGAAAACUUGACUUAUGUACUUAGGACCGGUUUAUUAGGCGACGGUUGGUUAGCUGUCGGUUGACUUAAUUAUUAAGUCAGUGGUUUGAUGAAAUGCUGAGAAAAAUGUCAGUCUGGACAAAACAAUAACUGCUCAAUGGGCAGGCAAACUUUCAACAAAAGACUACAUCCUAUUUUGAAUAAGAAAAAAACCAAUUUAUAAGCUUUGUAAGUGAGAGUGUUGAGCUCUUUGUACAAUAACAGAAACAGAGGAAUGAAAUGGCAAUGAAGGAUUCUACAUACGAGAAAAUGGAGUUGGAUUAUCAGGAUGAAAUUGAGAGCCAUAGGAAGGAGAUGGAUUUGCUCACAAAUGAGUUGAAACACAAGGACAGUUUCCUGAAAAGAAUUGAAAGAAAUUCACAAAGAUUGAAUGAUGAAGCAGAAGCCAUUGAAGAGAGCUGUAAUAAAAAAAUAAGCGAAUUACAUGGGAAAAACGAAGAGCUACGAAAAAGGUUGGCACAGUUGAAUGAAAUGAAUGAGAACUUGGAGAGAACGCUUAGGACAUUUGAGGAAGAAAAGGAAACGCAAAUUGAUAAACUUUUCGGUGAAAAUCAAAGGACGCUCUCUCGAAUAAACAUACUUGUUGGCCAGGACAACGAAAACCAGGCUGUUAUAAAAGAACUGCAUAGGGAAAUCGAGAAACUUGUGAAAAAUUCUAAUGCACCUGUUAAUCCAGAUCAAACUUCAAGAGGUACUCAAACAAUACAUGAGAAUAAACAUACGCAAUCACAAUCACAGCCCCAAUCAAGAAAACUUAAAGUAGGAAUAUCAACCCGAAUAUUAAUUAUUUCGGAUGAACACGGGAAAAAAUUAGGCAGAAACAUCGAAAGGCAUAUUGACUCGGAAAACAUCUUUAUUGAAUCAAUAGUGAAACCUGGAGCUCAUUACGACGGCGUACUUCACGGGUUGAAAUCCUUAACUAGGGACUACAAUAAAAAUGAUUAUGUUGUCGUCAUCGCGGGCUCAAAUGAUUUUUAUAAUAAUAGACGACCAAAAUUUGGCAAAAUACAUGAAGUUCUAAAAGAAUGUUCGCACACUAAUUUUAUAGUUUUAGCCAGCCCAAUUUUGCGCAAAUACAAUAAUGUCAAUUACAUUUCUCUUUUUAAUAAUAAUCUAAGAAAAAUUUUAAGCGCAUUCUCAAAACAGUCUGAUAACCUUUACGAUUAUAUUGAUAUUAACACAGACAGAGGCUACAAAGUGAGUAACUGGUUGAUUGGUAAGAUGAUAGCCGAAUCUAUGCAUUUAAACUUUUCGCAAAAUGAAUUGUGUGAUAGCCUGAAAAUAACCAAGGUAAACAAUGAAUCCGCAAAUCAUGCAGUGUGCUCGCCGAUAAAUAAAUCUCCUCAAGCUUUUUCUAGAACCAUAAAUAUUGAUACAUCUCCAGCUUUUCGUCAGUCUGUUUGAGGAACUAAACCAUAGUUGUAUUACAAAUAGCAAUAGCAAUUUCAACCCAAAUGUCUCACAUUCCUCAACUUUUUUAGGGACAAAAUUGUCACAAACAAAACAUCCUUGAACAAGAAAAUUAAAUCAUUAACUUUAUUAUUGCAGAACAUCCAAUCAGCAAGAAAUAAAUCUGACGAACUAUUCAUAUUCCUUGAAAGUCAAAAUUUUCCCCAUUUAGUUUUACUUACAGAACAUUGGCUAAAAAAUGACGAGCCAUUCUUUGUUCCGAACUAUCAAGUUGUGUCCCAAUUCUCUCGAUCUGAGUUCUCGCACGGAGGAACUAGUAUACUCCUUAACAAAGAACUAUUAUUGGAAACUGAUUUCUGCAGCUGUGAUAAAUUUGAUUUCUUGGUUUCUGAAAGGAUCUUUGAAUUUUCUUUACUUCAUUCACGGUCAUUGAACUUGUACAUUCUUUGCAUCUACCGCUCUCCUGACUCUUCUAGCAUUGCACGCUUCCUGGAAAUUUUCGAAAUACUUCUCUCGGAUCUUCCGAGUGGGUGCGAUCUCGUUGUUGCUGGUGAUCUAAACAUUGAUUUUGGUAACCCGCAAGCAAAUUCCGCCAUUCUAUUACUCAAUCUGCUUGAUUCAUUCAAUCUUGAAAUGCAUGUCAAUAAACCAACCAGAAUCACAAAUUCAACUUUCACCAUCAUUGAUUAUGUGUGUUCCAAUCUUGGUGCAAACAUUACGUGUG